CAGAAUCAACGUUGCCGGCGAAUUCCUGCGUAUUGGCAUUAAUUGUUAUAAUUCUUGAAGACUAUACGCCAGAGGUAUCCUCUUAAGAUCGCAAUCGAGCAGGCUCUUGCAAGUUGCUGCAGGAACACUUCUCGGUCACCAUGUCCGCAUUAGAAACAAUCAACCUCUCUCACCUGCCUGCAUCUUUGCCGAUUCAUGUCGCGCUCUAUAAGGAUGUGAAGAACGCGUCUUUCCUCCGGCAGCAACUUAUUUCAGGAAACUCUGAUUUUGAAUAUGCGCUUAUUGACGCGAGCAUGAUCCUGACAAGGACCCAUGCUCUCUCAGCAGUCUUUCGGGCCGUCAAUGAUUAUAUGAAUGUGCGCCUCAAGUCACGCAACGUUCACUCGGAGAUAGUCUUCUCGCUGAGCCCUGCGAAUAAUAUUGCUGAUUCUUUCCGGAAAUUCGGCAUCACGGACUCCACGAAAGAUCUACUGGUGGUGAAGGUGUCUGUCACUCCUGAGAUUACUCAUGAGUCAGUGGCAACACAUCUCGGAGCUUCCAUUGAAGGCUCUGCUGUGCCAUUCAAUGACGAAACGCUUGUCGCAAUCUCAGAUGUCGCGAAGAUUAAGAAAGCCUAUAAGCUAGGUGGAUUGGUUCCUACAACUGCAAAGACAAAUGACACCGAGAAUCACGAGAGACAACGACUGGAGACUGCCCUUCUGGGAGCCAUUGCGUUGCGAGGAGCACUAUGAUGGAUUGCGCGAUUUCGACUCAGCUGUGCUGCAAUCGUCGGCUCUUCUCUUCAGGCGGGCUAUUUCAUGGUUUACGGGGAUAGAGAACAUCGUCUGUCACCCAAACAGGUGCCGUCUACCAAUUUCACCAGAUACUGGCGUUGGCCAUGCGUCUAACGGCUCCUGUAUCUCCAACCGCCGCGGGACGGGGACUGUACGCUGUAGCGCAUGCUACAUCUGUCCUGUGUAUAACCCAUGAAUCUCUAGGAUCGUCAACUCAGAGUGAUUUCCCGCCAGCCUUUGGCGAAAAUUUAAGGCAUGUCGGGUUUUAGUCCGUAGAAACCAAUACUCAAUGCAAAACCAUCUUCGAUACCAC